CUUCCUCACGCUUGGUCGCCUCCACCUCUUCCCGGAAUAGCCUAUCGAAACCGGCCUCACGACUGAGCUUCCUGUCGCAGCGUUCCCAUGACGCGGAUGAGGCGGUACAGAGCCAGACGAACUGGGCCACGAGGGGCGCGAAAAAGGCAAGCAGCCUCCUCAACUCGCCCGCGCUGAGGUCGACACGCCCGAUCGUCCAGCCUCAGUCGGCCGAUGUCUCGUCACCUGGUCCACUCACACUCUUCCCAGGACCCGACCUACUGCGUGGUCUGGAAACGCGAUCCGUCUCCGAGGCGACGCUCAGUCCGCUCGUCGGCGAGCAGCUCCACCCCGUCCACAGAACUGACGUGGAUACGAGCCGUGCCACUCGGACACGCAAUUGCAGACUGGCCGGCCUCGACAGAACCCUUUCGCCGGCAGACGCGACCGCAUUCGAGACCGGCCGUCGCACCUCCUUCUCCUCCUCCUCCUCCUCGUGCUCAUGUUCCGUUGCCACGGCGACCGGCUCCCUCAACGCCUGGACUGCCGGCAGUCCAGUCUUCCACCAGCACCAGCAGCCUCACCUGCUGCUCACCACCAGUCUGCUCAGCCAGACGAGCACACUGACUGACACGACUCAGGCCAGCUCGCUGGCCGGUACCGCAGACUCGGCGCCUGGCCGGUCGGACAUGGUUCAGCUCGACGGUGACGGCGAGGAGGAGUGGCGCAAACAGACGGGAUGGUCCGAGCAGAGGGAAGGCCGGCCCAGAGACGAGGAUGAGGCGGAGACGGAGGCUGAGGCGUUGGACCAUUCGCUGAAUGCUUGGCCGGCCCAGGAGGGCAGUCGAUCGGGGCUGGCCGGUCAGGACGGUGCCGAGUUGGCCGUCGUGAACGGUGGCACCCCGAGGACCGGCAAGCAGCAUCAGUCGGCCACGAGCGCGGCCACUUUCGUGCGAGGACUGGGCAGCCCGUUGUUCCGGUUCUCCGACAGGGUCGGGUUGAAUCGUGAGAAAAAGGCAAAGCGAACCGACCCAGACAAGACGGCAAAGGCAAGUCGCAAAGUGGACGCCAGUCAGGCAGAGUGCGAUAGAUUCCAGCAAUUUUUUCCCUGA